CUUGACGAAAACAAAGAUCUUUAUAUAUAUCUUAUCAUAUCACAGACGUGUGGUAUCAAGAAGUGGCGUUUUAGUAACAAACAAUGUAAACAAUUGAAUAUCAUUUCAAUAAAUUGUUAUUAAAAAAAUGUCUUCGCACACUAUACCGAUAGUCGAAGAAUUAGCUAAGGACUACGCAAAUUAUUUAAAACUAGAUUUAUCCAGUCAAAUGAAGAAUUUUCAUGAUGCAAUCGAAGAUGUAAUGAUGCGUUUAGAAGAGUUUCAGUCAAUUAUUGAAAUGGUUCAGUCUGAAAAUAGUCAAUGUACCGAUCAACAUAUCCCAAAACUACAAGACAUGCAACAAGAGGUCAUAAAUCUUAGUAGACGAAUAGAUGCUUUAGAACAUGUUAUUGCGAUGAUUAAUGUAAAUCUAACAACAUUAGAAGCUGCUGUUGAUAAUGCAGAAGCUGAAUUAGGAAUCUCUGAUAGAUUAUUUGGAAUGUUAAAUCGUUUAUCUUUCUUUAAAAAAACCCAAGAACCUGUGGUACCUAAUAAAUUAUCAAUGUACGAGCCUCCAACAAUUUAUAGAACCAAUGACUAUUUUAAGAGUGAAUGAAUAAAAUACUUUAUUUUAUAGAGAUAUAUAAUAGAUUUAUCAAUUAUUUUCAUACAUUAAUAUAUGCUACAUUUUGAAGAAAAUCUUCAAUAUUUAAGAGGUGUGUAUUAUUAAAUGAAUUUCGCAUGUUUCUGUUAUAGAUAUGAAAUAAAAAUUAUUUUAGUACGUAUUGUGUUAUGAUUGUUUUCAGAUAUAAAAUGUUUUCUGACAUAAAAUGUUACAGAUAAAUGUUCAUUAAUGAAUCAAAUAAAAUUAUACCUUGAAUUUA